CUUUUAUCAUGUGAAUUUUGAUUGCACGACGAAGGAACCAAGGAGAACACUGUUGUUGAUCUUCGUUAGCGUGUGGCCCUUCCGUGGUUUCGCACAAUUUUUCUGCUCACCCUCGCCCUGCUCUACAUAAGAACAUCAGUUAAAUUUUCAAGAGGUCUAUUUCGCGAUCAUUCGUCCCCAAUACAUUAAGCA